UUUUGUUUUGCCAGGAGAGAUGCGCCAACCCUAAUCCGGAGAAAAAAAAAAGCAACACCUUCUUCCUCUUCGACACGGCGGCGAUGAGGGACUUUCGAGUUUCUCUGAAACGGUUCUAUUAAUGGCUGCGUGGUAAAUCGAAUUGAUUGUCCCCUCCACAAUCCAUCUUCAAUGGUUUGCGAACAGCGGUCUCUAAACGGUAUAAAUAGAUAGUUUUCUUUUCCGAUCUGAAGUCUGGCGGCAAGUGUUCCUCCGUCGUCGAGGCGAGACUCUUGCGAUACUGGGAGGCCUGGAAUGUGAAACGCGGCAGCGACCUGAUGUGGGUCGACAUGCUCUUGAUCGACGUUAAUUCAACCAUAAUGCAAGCCACCAUCUAUGCUAACCGCCUUCCGAGAUUCCGGUCUAAGCUCGCCGCCGGAAAAAUGUUUUCUAUAUCCGGUUUCGAUGUUGCCCAGUGUGCUCAGAAUUACCGGCUCACCGACUCUCCUUUGCUGCUCCGGUUUAGUGAUUUAACCGAUUUUGAUGAGUUAGCAGAGCCGGUUUCGCCCUUGCCACAAGAAGGCUUCCGGUUCCGCAAUCAUUCUGAGCUAGCCGAAUUGGCUAACACGAACACACAGCUCCCAGAAAUUAUAGGUGAGAUAACAGCUGUUAAGAGUACCGUUAACGACACUCUUGGAGAGAAGGACCGUAUCAUGGCAACUAUCAAGUUGGAUAAUGAUACAAAGGUCAUUUUAAGCCUCUUUGACUCUCAAGCCGUGUCUUUUCAUAAAAAACCUGAAGACAUGAAUGGUGAUCCAAUGGUGAUUGUCGCUACUAGCAUAAACCCUAAGAUGGUUGGAGGUGGUUUGUUCCUCAAUGCAACAUCAGGAACACACAUCUACUUUGACAAGGAGACCACCGCAGGGGAGGUUUACUUCUACAAUUUGGUCGCUAGAGACACUGGAGUCCCAUCUGCCGCACCAUUACUGAAAGGAUACGCAAAGGUGGAGACUCUGACCGUCGCAGAGCUCAAUAAUUUUAUAACCUCUGCUACAUCACAGGAAAUUGACUUCAUCUGCACCGGUAAAGUUGUCCGGCUCGACGUGGACAAGGGAUGGUGUUAUGUUACCUGCGCCAAAUGCAGUCAAAAAUUGCAGCGUACAGUCUCUGCUUUGGAGUGUACGCAAUGCAAUAAUACCAAUGCUGUCGGCGUUCUCCGCUAUCGUGUGGAGUUGGCAAUUGCUGAUGAUACUGCUGAAGGUGUGUUCGUGUGUUUUGAUGGGGUGAUGACUAAGCUACACAACCUCAGAGCAAGUGAAGCCGGUCAGAUGUUGGCUGAAGAAGGAGUAAAUCCUGAGGAUGCUGUGGUGCCUCCAUUUAUCACGGACAUGGAAGGAUAAACAUUCACGUUCCAAGUCAGGGUUAGUGCAUAUAACUUCACUGCUCAUCAUCAGACAUUCACCAUCAUCCGCAUCCUCAACGAGCAUGAGUGUAUUCCAGUUCCUAACUUUGUCGUCAAUGGGGGAGAUGAUGCUGAUGAUGAUGACAAGCCAAAUGGUAGUCUGGCUCCUGUUCAGAAGGAAACUGGAGAGAGCAGUAUUGAUGCAGCUAAGAAUGGUGACGACAACACAGAUGGUCUUGCGCCCAAGGAUAUUGUCCACCCAGCUAAUAAGGCGGUCAAGAAAGCACGUGUUGUUUAAGAUGAGAUAUCAGAAGUUAUGUUUCAGUUUCUGGUUUUGAAUAAUGCUUCUUACUAAUCUGCAGUUUUUCCGUGUGUUUGGUCAUAUAUGUUUCAUCUUUGUCUUUUUGGUUACCAGUUACUUGACAGUCAAUUCUCAGUAUAAUAAAAUACUAUUUAUAUUCA